AUGAGUGGAUACGAUAGUGCAUUAUCUAUAUUCUCCCCCGAUGGACACGUUUUCCAAGUGGAAUACGCAUCUGAAGCAGUGAAAAGAGGUACGUGUGCCGUUGGAGUCAAAGGCAAAAACAUUGUUGUCUUGGGUUGCGAAAGAAGAACAACAUUGAAAUUGCAAGACCCCAGAACGACACCAUCCAAAAUAUGCAAGAUUGACCAUCACAUUUUAUUGGCGUUUGCCGGGUUAAAUGCUGAUUCAAGGAUUUUGAUAGACAAAGCUAGAGUAGAAGCACAGUCCCAUCGAUUGAACUUGGAAGAUGCAGUUAGCGUAGAAUACUUGACUAAAUACGUUGCCGGUGUGCAACAAAAAUACACUCAAUCGGGAGGAACUAGACCUUUUGGGAUUGCCACUUUGAUUGCUGGAUUUGAUACUAAUGACGAUGUACCCAAGUUGUACCAGACUGAACCUAGUGGGGUUUUCAAUGCCUGGAAAGCUCAUGCUAUUGGUAGAUCUGCAAAGACUGUGAAGGAGUUUUUGGAAAAACAUUAUAAGGAAGAUGCUAGUGAUGAAGAGACUAUUAAAUUGACAGUAAAGUCGUUGUUGGAAGUUGUGCAAACUGGUGCCAAAAACAUCGAGCUCUCGAUAAUGAAACCAGGUGGCGUUAUCGAAAAGUUGACUAUAGAUGAAAUUAAGAAAUAUGUUGAUGAGAUUGAAGCUGAAAAGGAAGCUGAAUCUGAAAAGAAAAAACCAAAGCCAAGAGAUUAA